AUGCUCUCCAGACUCGUCAGACCAAGGACGUUCCGGGCGUUGGCGUUCUCGCGGCCCAACUCGUCAUCUUCUGGCCCAUCCGCGUCAGUCUCCUCCUCGCUUGUGCGGUUUCCCAAGCACCCAAAAAAGAAGGUAUCGAUCCAGAAGUUACGCAGAACCGACCCUGCGUUUCUCGAUAAGUCCACCAGCUACAUACUAUCACUUCUCAACGAAAACAGCUCGGUCUAUUCGCCGUCCAAGACGUUGGAAAAGUACUUGUCGCCAGUGACGUCCAUAACUGUGGGCGAAUCAAUCGACUUCGAGGUGUUGCUCAACGAUAUCAAGGGAUACGAAUACCAGAUAAUUGUGCCUGAAGAAGUGGUCAACAUCCGCUUCCACGAGAAGGACUUGAUGAUCCUUUCGAACGGUACCCUUGUGGGCUGGGACAUCUCUGAGGACGACAUUCUAGCCAAUUUUCUUCCUGUGCUUAGAGACUCCAUCACCGAAAAGUACCCCUUCGAAAGUGAAGAAAUGGACUGGAUAGAGUUGAAUUACUUGCCAGACAAUCCGUUGAAUAACGGUAAUUCCUACCUCCAGGGCGAGGUAAUGGUCAUCCAAGGUACUUCUCUGGAUAGAAAGAUGUUGGACAAGGCCGCUUUCGCCAUAGGCUUAUCCCGGUCCACUAGGUUGUCUAUCUUGGAAAACACCUUUGAGGACCAUCUCCAGCUCACCAAAAAGAACUCGCGGUACUUGUCGAAGGGCUUGAAAGUGACGGCCUCGGAGUCGGACUUUUUAAAAUCCACAGGUCAACUUUUUCUUCUCAGGGGAAAAUUGAAUUUGUACAGUGAGUUGAUAGAAACCCCUGACUUGUACUGGAGUGAGCCUGCUUUAGAAAGAAUCUACAACUCAGUGUCAAAAAUCCUCGACAUUAAUUCUCGAAUCUCCAUUUUGAACAGAAAAUUGGACUAUGCCACAGAGGAACAACGUGCCUUCCUCAGUGUUCUCAACGAAAAAAAGGGCACUAGGCUAGAAUGGAUUAUUAUUAUCUUGAUCAUGGUAGAGGUUGGUUUCGAAUCAGUGCACUUUUAUGAAAAGUACACAUAA